CUUCCUGUUGGAGUGAUGAUAUCGGGUGAUGAGUGCUUGGGUUUAAUCUUCGCUGAUUUAAACUGGACUGUUAGGAAAGUUCGAGAAGUUUUGGAUGAACUUCUAAAAGAAAUUCACAAAUCUGUCCGAUUUCAAUACAUAUUUUUGGAGCACCAUGGUUGGCCAUUGUCUCUAAGACAAGAACCUCUACUGACCUUGGUGGACAUUUUAGUUGGUCAAGAUAUUUAUAUUAAAUAUGAGGGAUUUUCUUCUCCUUCUGCAAAAAGUACAUCACCUCUUUCGUCGGUAUCCUUCUCUCAUUCUGACGAUCGUAGUUCCACAACAGGCCGGGACACAAUAGAUUCAGGCAGUGUCUCUAGUGUCAAAGGGAAAUUAAAAAUUGGAAAAAUGACUACAAAUUAUAACAAGAAACCACAAAUGUUAACCCUAAGAAGAAUGCACCGAAUAGUUUGAAGUUUUGAAUACGCCUCUGAAAAUGAUCGUAAUGAAUAAAACAUCAUUUUGAAAAGCAUAGUGUUUUGCAUAGAACUAGCUUGAGUGUUUCGUACCUUAUGAUCUGAUGUCUUCCAACGAAGUAAAUCGACAGCUUGUCAGUAUGUCUCUCCCAAAAGCUAAAACUGAAGUAACUUGCUGAUAACAGGCCUAUUACCUGACCCAUAACACAACAUUGUCGUGUCGGCGCUUAUAACGUUGAUACUUCUCUGUCUGUUAUAUCAUCCGGAGGUGGACGCCGACCACACUGUCUCAGGAGAUGUCAGCAAAACUGCAUUAGUCUUUUUGAUAACUUGCUGCCUGUAUCACCGGCAGGUAGCAACAGGUUGACCCUGAUCAUACAAGGUGUAUAAAUACAGAAUCACAUUCUAGUGGUGUUCUUUUUUACAGCAGCA